AUGUACUCUGUUUCGGUCGACCGAAGUGAGGUUAUCUCUGAAAUCCUGGCUUACAGCGAGCUUGUCUUACCGUUUUCGCAAGAUUUGGCUCGUAGGAUCUUCAAUGACCAUCCUGACUACGAGUUUUACUACGAAUCCUGCUCUCUGGUCGCUUCUGCUGUAACGCUGGUUCUCUCUAUCUCCUUUUAUCCUUGGGGCUUGACACCUUUGGUAUUGACUUUUUGCAUCUUCUAUGGUAUCCUUUUCUCCUUUUUGAUUGCUACUAUCGGAUUGAAAAAACAACGUAAGGGAGAGAGUCAUAGCAUGUUUGUGGGAUCACUAUCUGUGAUAGUAAUCAUUUGCUUGACUGGUGCCGCUUUUGUGAUGUUUGCUUUUGGGGUUUCUGGGCCUUACUCCGGUUGGGCCGUCCUUGGUGUGGCUGGUUUGUACUUCCUUUGCUCUUUGUUUGCUUCAGCCGGUGAUUGGCAUACAAGAGUUCACCUCGCCGAAGUAUAA